GUUAAAUAUCAUCUUAUCAGACGGAAAGAUCGUGUGAGGGCACUAGUCUUAUCUUACAGAUCAUAGUGUUGGUCUCCGACUACAGUAGUGCGUGUAGUUGUGCUGGUAUAGUGUAGAAUAAGCACAGGUCAAGAUGAUGUAUGUUGUGCUAGUGAUUGUUGCUUUGACCUUACUUAAGCAUGCGGACGCAUCAGUGAGAUGUUUUGAAUGUACGGACAUGCCUCAUCCUCAGGAUUGCCAAGUAAUCACCACGUGUUCAUCACACGAGAUUUGCUUCGUUGAACAGUUUGUCACGAGCGGCGGGCAAAUAUUGUACAGUUCCGGUUGCCUCUCUAAGGAGAGAUGUCAAACAAGUGGCAAACGUUCAGCAUUAUCGAAGAUUGCGAAUAUCGGGAAAUCCUACCCUAUUAGUAACGCUCUGUCAGCACCGCCACGUGACAGCCUAUCUAGACGACAAGACACGGGAUCAAAAACGGACAUUCCAACAUGUGUUGAGUGUUGUAACGGAGAGUUUUGUAACGUGGAGGGAUGUGGAACAACAGCGGUUCCAAGAACGAAACGAGGUCCAAGAUGUUUUUCUUGUGAUGCACAGGCCGACCCAGAAUCGUGCAGAGAUACUAUGCUAUGUGAUACUGAGCAGGUUUGCGCUAUUUUCAUUCCUCUCAACAGUUUAGCACAAAACGAAUGGGCAUCUGACUGCAUGUCAGAAAGACAAUGUAACACGAUAGUUAAUUUAGAGAUGCAGAAGUUAGGUAUGGCUAUUGGUAAACGUGAUCUGAUAACAAUAACCCAGUGUCCUAGAUGUUGCACUACAGAUUUCUGUAACCACAGUUGUCGCCAAAACGUUACCGUCACACACGCUACAGCUGUACCAACAAAACCUUCAACUCAUUCUACGACUAAACAAGUUGUGAAAUACUCGAUACAUCAGUCGACACAGUAUGUGCACGUUACACCAAAACCAACAGUUGCACAUGCGCACAACACAACGAAGUCGCCGGAUGUACAUGCGCAUCACACAACAAAACCAACAACUGCACAUGCGCAUCACACAACGAAAUCAACAGCUGCACAUGCGCAUCACACUACAAAAUCAACAGCAGCGCAUGCGCAUCACAUAACAAAAUCAACAGCUGCACUUGCUCAUCACACUAAAAUAUCAACAGCUGCACAUGCACAUCACACAACGAAACCAACACCUGCGCAUGCGCAUCACACUACAAAAUCAACAGCUGCACAUACGCAGCACACAACGAAAUCCCAAACCACCGCAGCAAAAGUUAUCAUCACGCAAACGACACAUCCUUUACCUACCACAGACCCCGCCGUCGGAUGUAAGGUCGAUGGUUACAUUUACGAUGCACCAACAAAACUGUGUCUGAAAUUUUUUGAAUCUCCCAAAUUGAACUGGACAGAUGCCCAGCGUUAUUGUAACUCCAGUAAAGGUCAACUAGCCAUCAUCACGGGGGACCAAAAAAUUAAAGACGUGCUUGCUUUUUACAAGUCAGGCGGACACAAAAAUCCUCUAUGGGUUGGUGCAACUGAUUUCGGAAAUGGUCACGUGUUCACAUUCACCGAUGGUUCAAAAAUCACGGUUGACCCGUCAAAAGGUCAAGAUCUGAAAACCUCCAAUUGUCUGUACGUGUUCGGUGGAACUUACGAGGGAUUCGGUCCCUGUCCCGAUCUACAUGGCUUCAUAUGUGAACGUAGUAGUACUAUAAGAGCAUGAUUAAAACAUGAUUAGAUAUCGUU